AUGCACCAGCCCCAGACGCUGCUGCCCCUGCGGACACUGCUGCUCCUGCUCUCCUGCCCGUGGGCUGGAGCUGGUGCCUUGCGGGGCUGGAUCGUGGGGGGCCACGAGGCACGGCCCCACUCCCGCCCCUACAUGGCGUACCUGAAGAUUGCACCGUAUGCCUGCGGGGGCUUCCUGGUGGACCCGUCCUGGGUGAUGACAGCUGCGCACUGCGCGCUGGGGAACAUCACAGUCAUCCUGGGGGCUCACAACGUCCAUGAGAUAGAGACAAGCCAGCAGAUUCGGGGAGUUCUCAGUUACUACCUGCACCCUGACUACAACCCCGACACUUUCAACAACGACAUCAUGCUCCUCAAGCUCACAGCCAAGGCCAGGCUUAGCAAGUACGUCAAGACCGUGGCACUACCCAAGACCGGCAGCGACCUCCAAACGGGCACUGGGUGCACUGUGGCUGGCUGGGGUCUCAUUGACAAGGACCAGGACACCGACCGUCUCUUUGAGACCGAAGUGUCCAUCUACAGCCGCAGGAAAUGCACUCACUUCUAUCCAGAGCUCACCAACGGCAUGAUCUGUGCUGGCAGCUUCCAUGAGCUCAAAGACUCCAGCCAGGGAGAUUCUGGGGGACCUCUGGUGUGCAACAACGUGGCUGAGGGCAUCGUUUCUUUUGGGCAUAAUACCCCUCCUGGGGUCUACACCCGCGUGGCCAAUUACCUGCCCUGGAUCAGGAAAAUCAUGAAGAAGUAG